CUGCAGUGGUCGCACAGGAGCGAUUGCAACUGCUACGACUCGCUCAAUUGGUGAUCACUACUACAAUCAUCUGAGAUCACAUUGCUGGAUCCCCUUGAGCUCCAUAGGUCGCGAGCACGACCCCCAGUGCGCCUGAUCGCAAAGUCUACACUCUGUAGGAGCGCGCAGGAGGCUCAGCUUGUAGCAUUGGUCACCUGAGCAAGCGUGUCCACACGCAUACAUUUCGUCAAUAUGGCAGCCAGAAAGCUUGCUGCGGAGAUUGACCGCACACUCAAAAAGGUGGCGGAAGGUGUGCAGGCAUUCGAAGACUUGUAUGACAAAAUGCAAAUGUCCACGAAUCAAGGGCAAAAGGAGAAGAUGGAGGCUGAUCUAAAGACGCAGAUUAAGAAGUUGCAAAGAAUGAGAGACUCGAUCAAGACUUGGUUGCAGAGCAAUGACAUCAAGGAUAAAAAGGCACUGCUGGACAAUAGGAAACUCAUCGAGCUGCAAAUGGAGAAGUUCAAGCAGUGCGAGAAAGAGAUGAAGACCAAAGCUUUCUCAAAAGAAGGUCUUAUAGCCGCCGCUCGUCUGGAUCCCGCAGAAAGAGCCAAGCUCGAACUCACACAGUGGUUGACCAACAAUGUGGACGAGCUGUCACAUCAAAUGGAAGCUGCAGAGGCUGAGGUGGAGCAAUUGGCAGGGUCAGGCAAAAAGAAGAAAGGAGCGGGAGGCGCGGCAGCUGAGCGUUCUGCAGAGCUGGAAAGACUCAAUGAGAGAAGGACAUGGCACAUCAGCAAGCUGGAGCUGAUUUUGCGGUUGAUAGAGAAUGGUAACUUAGACACGGAACAGGUGUCGAGUAUCAAGGAAGACGUCGCCUACUUUGUCGAAUCUAACGCGGACGAGGAUUUCGAAGAGGACGAGGGCAUUUAUGAUGAGUUCAACCUUGACGAACAAGAGGAGGCGUUCGGACUCAAGGAGAAUGAAGAAGACGAAAGUGGCGAUGACGACUCCGCAUCGGAAGAAGCGCCACUUCCAAAACCUGCUGUCAAGCCCAAGAAAGAAGAGAAAGAGGAAGUGGUCAAGAAACCUCCGGCCAGAAAAGCCUCGGAUGUCAGUAGAGAUAGCAAGCCGGCCGUGGUCACCAAAGCAGCACCAACUCCUACGAGUGCUGCUGCGCCCCCGCAUUCGCCUGUCGCUACAGCUUCCAUGACCUCUCCUCCAAAGCCAGCAGCAGCCCCUUUACCUCCGAUUCGAUAUGCAGCCGCAGCCGCUGCUGCAGUCGCGCAAUCAUCUGGUGGUCCUGCUCCCACAGCGUCUCUCUCGCCGACAACUACAACAUCGCAGCUCCCAGAUGGUUCUAGAUCGCCGUCGUCUUCGAAAGCUGCAUUGGAAGAUGCAGCAUCCUCGCCUGCUCCGUCUCUCGCUCCUUCCACCGACACAGCGCCUACUGCAGACGGAAUCACUGCGAGUGCUACCAACGGUCCGCCCGGUCUGGCUGCGCGGCCUGCGAAUGGAUCCGCAAAGAACUCUCCAGCUCCCAGGCACGCGACCAUCAAACCGGCGCCAUCUCCUCUCGCGAGCACGUCUGCUGCUCCGGGUGCCCCCGUCGAAGGCAACAGCGGCGGCGCUCAAAGGAACGCAUACACCGACGACUCAGCUGUGCCACAGGAGGAGACAAGUGAAUAUCAGCCUGCACAACUGGCGGCGAGCUCUGCCGCUGCGAGUCUGGUCCAGCCUUCCGGCGGAGGAGCUGGCACCUCAAGCGAGCAGGCCGCUGCGCAGCGUGAGCAGGGCACAGAGCCCAGAUUGCCAAACAGCUUGAGCGACCUGGUCACCAGCUUCGACGCCGCGAAACACAAGUCACUUGAAAGGGGAGAUAACCUCGACGAACUCCACAAGACUCUCCAAGCAAGUGCGCUGGGUGUUCCCGAACCUCAGGACAGCGAUGCGCCGCGAUACUAUCGACCCCAAAAUCCCUGGGCGUCACCUUCUUGGUACCCGCAGCAGCCUCUGAGCAUCUUCGACAACCCGGCGCUGUACAGCAAAGUUGAAGACGACACUCUCUUCUUCAUUUUCUACUACUCGCAAAGGGAAUACCAUCGGUACCUUGCCGCCAACGAGCUCAAGCGCCAAUCCUGGCGAUUCUCGCUGCGCUUUGGCACAUGGUUCCAAAGAUAUGCUCAGCCCAAGGUUGUUCACGAUGACUACGAGGAAGGGUCCUACAUCUAUUUCGACUUUGAGAAUUCAUGGCAGCAAAGGAGAAAGCAGACAUUCCGAUUCGAGUACCAGUACCUGGCUCCUUGAGAUUUCAGCGCAGAGAUGCCAUCUGUAUUCUAUGCUUCACGUGCCACCUGACCCGACAACGUGGUCACGAAAUUCAUAACAAAGAUGCCUGCAUCACAGCGGCUCUUUGAACGAUUGCCCAAGAUCU